CUGUAGCACUGGUUCAGGAACCUUACGUAGGGAACACUGGUGAAAUGCAAGAAUACCCUGGCACAAGAAUAAUUCAGUGUACUAUAAAUCGACAAAAGCCAGUAAAAGCGGCCGUAAUCGUCUUCUCAGACCAGUUGAGGACUAUACAUGAUCCUCAGCUGGUAACAGAAACUGAAGUAGCAAUACUGUUGGUCUCAGGUAGCCUGCGGCUUGGAGUGAUAUCGGUUUACCUUGAGGGGGACCAAGACAUACAACUCAAUUUAAUCCGCUUAAAGGAGUCCAUACCUAAACUGACCACAAAAAAUAUCAUCGUAGCUGGAGACGUGAACGCCUGGAGCCCGUGGUGGGGCAGCGCCUCGGAGAACCAGAGGGGAGCAGAUUAUAAUUCGUUCCUAAACGAAAUGGACCUCCACAUUCUCAACACAGGGGACACACCAACUUUCGAAGCACUCAGAGGGGACCGACUUUUCACAAGCAUAGUGGACGUUACAGCCUGCAGUACAUCUUUGCUAGCAAAAGUUCAAAACUGGAUGGUAGAUAGAGGCCUUACAACCUCUGACCACAAUGCCAUAACGUUUGACUUGCAGCUGGAAAACGCACUGGAACCCCCAAAGCCCAUAACAACAAGAGUCUACAACACCAAAAACGCAAACUGGACAAAAUUUAGAUCACACCUGCGAGAUUCUCUAGAGAAGAAACAAAUAACUCCAGAAAGUAUCAUGAGUGUUCAGUCAUCUGAAGAGCUGGAAACCAUGAUUACGACCUACAUAAAUGCUAUCACGGAGGUAUGCGAUGCCACCCUACCCAAAAAUAAGCCGAGGAAAGGGAAAUCAAAACCCCCGUGGUGGACGAGCUCUUUAGAGGAUCUCAAAACUGACGUGCUUCGAAGAAAAAGGAGGAUAAGGAACGCAGCUCCCUCUCGCAAACAGUUCGUCAUUGAGGAAUACUUGCGAGCAAAAGAAACAUACACGUCAAAAGCCGAUGAAGAACAAACGAAGAGUUGGAAGGAGUUCUGCUCGACUCAAAAAAGGGAAAGCAUGUGGGACGGGAUAUACAGGGUCAUCAGGAAAACAACAAAAUGUAGAGAAAACACCCUGCUUAGAAAUUCUGAGGGUCAAACACUGAACCCGGACAAGUCAGCGGAAUUGUUGGCUAAAACUUUUUACCCUGAUGACACUACCACCACGGAUGAUCCCGGUCAUGCUGACCUUCGUGCACUAACGGAUGGAAGAUGUCUAGGUGAGAUGGAGGAGCUGUCGGAAAGCGACCCUCACUUUACACAGGCAGAACUGGAUUUGAUUCUCAAUGAGAUCAAUCCUAAAAAAGCCCCCGGCGCCGACGGUCUGACAGCUGAUAUCUGCGCAGAAGCUAUUUAUUGUCGACGGGAGGUGUUUCUUGCCAUAGCGAACUCAUGCUUAGAGCGGGCAUACUUUCCAAAGCAAUGGAAAUCUGCGCAUGUUAUAGUUCUCCGAAAACCAGGCAAAGAUGAUUACACUAAUCCUAAGUCCUACAGACCAAUUGGACUUCUGUCUGUGUUUGGAAAAAUAGUUGAGAAACUGAUGAUAGGCAGAGUCCAAUGGCACAUCCUUCCAACUCUUCACAAAAACCAGUAUGGAUUUCUGCCUCAACGCGGAACGGAAGACGCACUGUAUGAUCUGGUCAACCGCAUAAAAACAGAGAUGGAUGAAAAAAAGAUAGUCGUUCUGGUGUCACUAGACAUAGAGGGCGCCUUUGACAACGCCUGGUGGCCGGCCCUGAAACAUCAACUAAUAGCCAGGAAGUGUCCGAAAAACCUCUAUGCCAUGAUAAACUCCUACCUCAGCGAACGGAGAGUCAAAGUCAACUUCGCCGGAGCCAGCAGCGAAAAGGGGACAAAUAAGGGCUGUGUUCAAGGGUCCGUAGGUGGACCCACUUUUUGGAACCUUAUCCUCGAUUCGUUGCUACACAGACUAACAGGUGAAGGAGUUUAUUGCCAGGCAUUUGCGGACGACGUCGUUCUCUUAUUCUCGAACCAUAGGGUGAGCGCACUGGAGGAAUCGGUAAAUGGUGCCUUGGAAAUAGUUGCAGCAUGGGGGGUCAGCAACAAGCUUAGGUUCGGGGCAAGCAAAACCAACGCUAUGCUGCUGACAAAAAGGCUUGUUUUUGAGCCCCCAAAACUGUUCAUGACAGGCACCAGAAUAAACCUCGUAGAUGAGGUAAAGCUCUUGGGCCUCACCAUAGACAAAAAACUCACCUUCAGGUCACACAUAUCCGCAACGUGUAAAAAAGCUGCGGAUAUUUACAAACAACUGGCACGCGCAGCAAAAGUGACAUGGGGUCUAAAUGGCGAGAUAACGAGAACAAUCUACGUAGCGGUCAUUGAGCCCAUUGUACUUUACGCCGCAAACGUGUGGGCCCCAGUGACGGAGCUACAGUUGAUUAAAAAACAGUUAAAUGCUCUUCAAAGGGGAUUUGCACAAAAAAUCUGCAGAGCGUAUCGUACAGUGUCGCUCACAUCAGCAACAGUCUUGUCGGGUACUCUCCCACUCGACUUGAGAGUCCAGGAGUGUGCCAGUUUGUAUCUAACUAAAAGAGGAUUAUCUCAAGACUAUUUACCACCUCAAAAGGAGCUCGAAAGACAGGUUAACUACCUAGAUCAACCACAUCCCUCAAAAUUAAUAUCUAUCAACUAUGAGCUUCUGGAGAGCGAUGACUCUGGAACUCCUCUCGUCCAAGGAAUUACCGGCCCUCAGAUAUACACAGAUGGAAGCAGAAUUGAGGGAGGCGUCGGUUCUGCCUUGACUUGGUGGGAGGAGGGUCGUGAGUCAGUGUUCUCCACUUUUAGUCUGGACCCUUCCUGCACGGUUUUCCAAUCUGAACUAUACGCUUUGAACAGAGCUGCCAAAAUGGUUCUUGACAGCAGGGCAACUAGAGUAAACAUCAUGAGUGACUCUAGGUCAUCACUCGACAUCUUGAAGAACCCCAAAGUUACCCAUCGUUUGGCCAAAGAAAUAAAGCAGUGUGUGGAGACCGUGGAGGAACAGGGAAGAGAAAUCCGGUUCUACUGGCUGAGGGCCCAUGUUGGAACGGCCGGGAAUGAGAGGGCAGACGAAUUAGCUAAAAUUGCUGCCAAAAAGAAAAGUAACACCACGGCAGACUACUGUAUGGUACCCAUGUCCUACGUCAAAAAGAAAAUCAGAGACGAAACCAUCCGAAAGUGGCAGGACAGGUAUACCACCUCCACUACUGGGCAGGUCACUAAGACGUUUCUCCCGGAUGUCAAUGAGGCAUAUCGUUUAGUGAGAUCGACAAAGUUAACACCUGCCCAAGUACAAGCGUUGACUGGACAUGGAGGGAUCGCUGAGUACCUGCAUCGAUUCAAAUUAAAAGAAAAUGCAGGUUGCGAAUGCGACUUAACCAUCAGUGAGUCAGUAUGGCACAUUAUUCUCGACUGUCCCCGUUUUCUGGCCGCCAGAUCCAGCUUAGAGGCUCAAAUAGAUACAAAUCUGGAUACCUCCAAUCUGAGUGCCAUUCUAGCUGAUAAAGUCAAAAGACCGCACUUCCUGAGCUACAUAGACACUAUCUUUAGCAGGGCGGCUGAAAGAAACAGCACAUUAAAUAAUAGACACCAAAUAGCCACCUUGGAGAAUCAACCAACAACUGCCACGGCAGUACCCGAGACUCCUCGUACUAAUGAGCCGCUCAUAAUCAAUGAGAGGCAAAUACUCCUACAUGGAGAACGCGGCACCAAAGGAAUACGGUUGCGAGGGGUAGCCCUAUUCAUGAACACCAGCAGCGAAAGACUAGGGAUAGCCUUCUGCGAAAAAAGGAACAACAAAUGGCUCACUAUUUCACCGGGCCUAGCCUCCCUGAUCAAUGGCAGCACAUCCAGAACAAGCAUGCGACGCAAAGUCUAUGAUGCACUACCAGACAUGAAACUGUUGGGUCGAAGCUGUCGAUUGUUGCGAACACGCAAUAAAACAAUCGCAAUGUUUUCCAGCGUCGACUCUAUAACUGGUUUUGCACAAGCAUGUGAGGUGCUGUCAGGCGUGGGUGAGUGGGGAGACGUAGAAGGCAUACAUUCCAGAAUAAUUAGCGUAGACGCUGCAGUGGUGGCUUAUGAGAAAGGGAAAACGGCAGACCUUAUGGGCUGCAUUAGGGCCUCGGAACAUCAUGAGGUCAUCGUGUACGAGGACAGGGGGGAAGAUUUGAGCUUCCUCAAGAGGUCAGUUCAGCGCCAGCCAAGGGUGGAUUCUCCAAGCGGCUCAGAGCGUUUACAGCAACAAUAUUUGCAACAGAGCGCUCUGCAACAACAACAGCGGGCCACCGAAAGGGAAAAUAAAAAACUAGCGUCCCGAGGUAGAAUGUGGGCAAUAACAACAGCCAUAUGCUCAGUAACCGGACUCAUUGCGUCACCUUUCAGGAAAAAUGCAUCCAAGUCCACUCAAAGAUCGGAGAGCUGUCCCACUCAGAUACAGUCUGCUCAUUCUAGGUCAUCCCCAACAAGAGCAGCUAUGGGCCACGUUUGUCCACCGAAGCUUCGACAAGCCACCACUCCCAGAGACCAUCUCAUAAACGCUUUUCUCGAGUUUGUCGCAGUAAUAGAAGCAACUAAGCAGGUUAACUUGCGGAAUUGCGAAGCCAUUCUGCAGACCUAUCUGCAGGGUAACGAGCUGAUACUGGACGAUAGACUCGAAGCAGCAGAAGCAGUCAUAUACGACAAUAAUACAUCGAGAGUGCUGAGAGGAACCUCUAUAAGUCGUAGUAUGGCAGCUUACAACGCCACUGCAGGAUUUGUGUCGCUGGACGAGAAGGAAUCAAAUCGAUGCGGAGUAGUGAAGUUUAAAACUCCCCCCAACGAUUCCCUAGUGGUGGUUGCAAAGUGUACCAGGAUUAUGCUAGACGAUGGGAUAUUAGAAAUGGUAAAAUCCAUAUCGGAAUCCGGACCGGACGGCAUAACCUUUGAGAACUGGUGCACUCCGAGGUUUCACUGGACGAACGGGGUCCCUGGAUGCGGUAAAACGACUUGGAUAGUGGAUCAAUUUGAUGCGGACAAAGAUUUUAUUGUCACCACAACAACUGAAGCAGCAAAUGACCUCAGAGGCAAACUAUCUUGUCGAUUUGGGGGACUACUAGUCAAAUCUAGGGUUCGAACAAUGGCGUCCAUCUUAGUAAACGGCUUGAAGGGGCGAGAGAGCUGCACUCGACUAAUGGUAGACGAGGCUCUUAUGAACCACUUUGGAGCCGUGGUGAUGGCCGCCCGAAUAACUUUAGCCAAGGAGGUCCUGCUAAUUGGUGACAUAAAUCAGCUCCCGUUCAUUGAUCGUGACAACCUCUUCCCUCUCCACUACGCCCGCCCUACACAUAUUACACCCAUAAGUCAGGAGUUGCUGUGUACCCACAGGAAUCCGAUGGACGUGGCCUAUGCUCUCAACACAGUUUACAGUGGCAUAUACUCGUCCAGGUCGGGCGUGAGAUCCCUCGAGACAAAAAGAUUCUCGGGAGCGAUGAUCCCAAAAUCACUCCCCGACACCUUAUACCUGGUACACACCCAGGCAGAAAAGGAAUCCCUUAAGAACCAGGGAUACGGGUCGGGCGAGGGAUCACGCAUCCUCACUAUACACGAGGCUCAGGGACUUUCGUCCGCGAAGGUGGUAGUUGUGAACACAGCAACAAAGAGGCAAAAAAUUCAUGAUAGCGUACCACAUGCAGUAGUUGCAAUUUCGCGUCACACACAUAGUUGCAUCUACUACACGGACAACUGUGAUGACGCGAUAAGUAAAUUGAUCAGAAGGGCUGCUGAAGAGAGCGACCAUGGGAUUAUGGACUACAACCUGAAAAUGGCCAUCAAACACAGAGACGCGGCAGUUGUGGGGGCGCUUUUGGGCGAGAAAUGUUCCUCGGACUAAAAUAAAAAUUUAUAUAGCGGGAGGUAAUGUGUAUGCGGAAAACGUAAAAAAGAAUAUAAUUAUAUAAUUGGUAACUCUUUGACUUCUGUAAGCUCUGUUGAAGUCAGCCCACCCGACAGGGGUUGAGGCGUCACGCUCACAUAAAUGUCCUACAGUCGGUGGCGCUGUGUGUUGGGUUGUUCCGUUCCCAACAAAAUGGUUGACCGGACCAAUUGCUGACACACACGUCAUACUCGUGAACGAGUGCCUUCUGCUGGGGCAGGUCGGCUCUCCCAGCGUGCUGGUGGACUGACUUGGCAGAGCCGCCGGUAAAUUUAAUUUAGUUGAUUAAAAAAAGAAAACAAAUAUGUUAAUCGUAAGUAUUUUUGUAGUUAAAAUUUAAUAGUUGUGGUUAAUUGUAGUGUGUAAGGUAGAUACCAUAUUGAUAAGAUUUAUUGUAAAAAGAAAAACAAAUUGUAUGACAAGGGCACGGACCAAGAGUCCGUGGAGAACAAAAGUAAAUAAACAUAUUAAAAAAAAAAAAA